GCCGUUAUAAUAUCUUCGAAUUCUCGAUUACUACCAAUUAAUUGAAGUUUUUAUUGGACCACAAAAAAUAACUAUAACAAAGAAUUCUGAUUAAAAAUGGAUGUUGAUCUCACAAACAAUUCAUCAUCAUCAGAUUCUACCGAUCCGAUUACAUCGGAAUUAUUACAAAAAUUUUCUUGUCUCAAUACAACUGAUCAUGAUGUAUUGAUUAAGCAAUUUAAUCUAUUACUUGGUGAAAAAUGUUCAGAUUCAACGGCUGAAUUCUGGUUAGAUAUGAACAAUUGGAAUUUACAAGCAGCAAUCUGUUCAUAUUUUGACUACGAAUCUACAUUACCCCAAAAUUAUCUGCAAAAAUUGCCCGAAAUACAGAUUAAACCGGAACCUAAUAUAUGCGAAUGUUUGCCGAACAGUUCAUUCACUUAUCGCUGUACUGUUAAUAAUUCAGGUGAUGAACCAUGGCCAUACGGAUGUACGUUAAGAUUUUAUGGUGGCCAUCAAAUGACUCAUGAAGAACGAUUUCUCCUGCCUAAACUACAACCUGGACAAUCAUGGACAUUGCAAAUGCAAUUUACGUCGCCAGAUAAACCAGGCCUUUAUGAAUCGCAAUGGCGUUUUUCUGCCAUUACUGGUCAAUGUUUUGGAGAAACGAUUUGCAUGAUCGUUCAUGUGAUGGAUGAUCUCAAUCAGGUCACUAAACAAUUGUCAGCUGCUCAUAUUGUCGAUAAUAUACAACAAUCAACACAACAGAAUCAAGUCAUUUCCGUUUCGGAACAAAAACCACAAAAUUCUUUUGUGUUUUCUGGUCCACAUCAAGCCAUUACUUUUCAAACUCCGCUUGCACAACGGCCGAAUUUCAUUCAUCAUCCGCAUCAACAAUCGAAUCAGGAAAAUGACCAUGAAAAUAUAGACCAUCAACAACAAAACGGUCUCAAUAAUAAUUAUAAUCAUCUGAAUAAUGAUCAUCAGAAUGUUAUAUCACCGUCAACCAUGAUAAAUAAUCAUCCUCAACAUGAUGGCAGUGAUAAUGAUUCUGCAAUGACAUGACAUACUAUUGAUUAAAGAUUUUGGCUAGCUUUGGUAUAUAGAUUGUUGUUACCGAUAUUGUUAACAUUUGUUGAUGCGUAUGAAUUGAUUUUUUAAAUUCUAGUUUAUUAUAUCUUUUCACAAUUUUUGAUCGAUUUG